ACAACACAACCCAUUGAACACACGAAGGUUCGUUGAGCUGACUCAGUGGAGUGUCAUCUUCUUAGAAACCCUAGAACACUGAACACUCUGAUUCUUCUCGAUCCAAACCCUAGAACUCUCUCUCUCUCUCUCUCUCUCUCUCUCUCUCUCACACACACACACACACACACACGCACACACACACACACACACACACACACACACAUCAGAUCGUUGAAAGAAAUAUGCCUCCGAAGUCAGCUAAAUCGAAGGAAGCACCUGCCGAGAGGCCUAUCCUUGGCCGAUUCUCAUCUCACCUCAAGAUUGGGAUUGUUGGAUUGCCAAACGUGGGCAAAUCUACUCUUUUUAACACACUCACAAAGUUGUCCAUACCAGCGGAGAACUUUCCCUUUUGUACCAUUGAGCCCAAUGAGGCACGAGUUAAUGUUCCUGAUGAGCGAUUUGAAUGGCUUUGCCAACUGUACAAGCCAAAGAAUCAGGUAUCAGCUUUCUUAGAAAUUCAUGACAUAGCUGGACUUGUUCGAGGUGCUCAUGAAGGACAAGGAUUGGGGAACAGUUUUUUGUCUCACAUUCGUGCAGUUGAUGGCAUUUUUCAUGUUUUACGUGCAUUUGAAGAUCCAGAUAUCAUUCAUGUUGAUGAUAUUGUGGAUCCUGUGAGGGAUUUAGAGGUUAUUACUGAAGAAUUACGGCUUAAGGACCUUGAAUUCAUGGAAAGGAAGAUUGAGGACGUUGAAAAGAGCAUGAAGAGGAGCAAUGACAAGCAGUUGAAGAUAGAACUUGAAUUGUGCCAAAGGGUCAAAGCAUGGAUAGAGCAGGGAAAAGACGUCCGUCUAGGUGAAUGGAAAGCUGCUGAUAUUGAGAUACUAAAUACUUUUCAAUUGCUCUCUGCCAAACCUGUUGUUUACUUGGUUAACAUGAAUGAAAAAGAUUAUCAGAGAAAAAAGAACAAGUUUCUACCUAAAAUUCAUGCUUGGGUGCAGGAGCAUGGGGGUGAACCAAUUAUCCCUUUCAGCUGUGUGUUAGAGAAAAAUCUUGCUGAUAUGCCAGAAGAUGAAGUUGCAAAGUAUUGCGAGGAGAACAAGUUGCAAAGUGCCCUAACAAAGAUCAUAAAGACUGGAUUCUCAGCAAUUAACCUCAUAUACUUUUUCACAGCUGGCCCUGAUGAGGUGAAAUGUUGGCAAAUUCGACGGCAGACAAAGGCUCCUCAGGCUGCUGGGACGAUUCAUACUGAUUUUGAGAAAGGGUUUAUCUGUGCUGAGGUGAUGAAAUUUGAAGAUCUGAAGGAACUCGGCAGUGAACCGGCUGUUAAGGCUGCCGGGAAGUAUAGACAGGAAGGGAAAACAUAUGUGGUACAAGACGGAGACGUCAUAUUUUUCAAGUUUAAUGUUUCUGGUGGUGGGAAGAAGUGAGAGAUAUACACACAUAUUUAACCUAUUCACGAUGAAUCUGAUUGUUAAGUUUGAGUGUAUGAAUCCUCAUCAUUAUUAUGUGUAAUUUUCUCCGUGGGGAAAAAGAUCUGUACCUCGUUUUGCAUUUGCAGAAAGUUUUGAUUUGUGAGUAGAUCCCCCGAGUAGAGUGGGAUUUGUUGAAUACUAGCUAUGAACUCAAAACCAAUGGUAUAUCUUUUGAUUUCUUCAUGAUGAUCACGUGGUUAUGUUUUAUUCGUUGAAGUCGUUUAUGUGCUGGCUAAUUUAUGAUCAUUCUCGGGGUCUGAUAUGAACCGGUCUGAUUGACCCUUUUCUUCAAAAUUUGUAGUGAUUUGUAUUUUUGUAGUUA